AACACCAGCGCGCUCAUGCUCGGUGUAGCAACCACACUCAAACGCAUCGAAGCCAGCAUCCCCGCCUUUUCUCGCUGGCUCUCCAACACCUCCUCCCCACUCAUCUGCCUGGUCGUUGAUCAGACCAACCUGACCGACAAAGCCAAUGAAACAGCUCGCAUCCUCUCCCUCGCCGCGGACCUCAACAUCGACCUCGUUCUCGAGCCUUACCACCCGACCUUUGAAUUCGACUCCGAAGGUCUGAAGAACUUUGGCCUCGCUCCCGUUCUCGACAAGCACCGCCGACCCAACACAAAAUGGUACGGCCUCAUCGACGAUGACACUUUCUUUGUCUCUCUCCCACGCAUGCUCGAAGCUCUGGAGCCCUACGAUCCCACCAAACAACACUACAUCGGCGCACUGACCGAAGGCCACUUCCGCGUUGCCAAAGAAGGUUUCAAAGCCUGGGGCGGCGCAGGCUUCUUCAUCUCUCCUCCUUUGAUGAAACUCCUCGCCGAACGAACCACCGAGUGUACGCAUCUGGAUAAAUUCUUUGGCGAUAUUCUCUGGCGCGAUUGUAUCCUGCACGUCACUUCGCCGACCGUGCAUCUUACGGAACUCCGCGGUCUGAACCAGAUGGAUCUGUGGAUGGACAUGUCGGGGUGGUACGAAGCGGGUUUCACUCCAAUCCUCACAGUCCACCAUUGGAAGUCAUGGCACCAGUACCCCAUCGUGCGAGGACAUACUGUUGCGGAUGUAGCGGGCCCAGACUCCUUCCUACAAAGGUACCUCUUCACGAACAAUACAGUCUUCACAAAUGCCUACAGCAUUGUAAAGUAUCCCAAGGGUCUGCCGGAUCUAAAUCUCGUGGAAGCCACCAUGACGGAGGAGGUAAACCAUAAGGAUCCGCCGGAUGUUCUGGAAUUUCACCACAGUUUUGGCAGAACAAGACCGAAAUUGAAGAAAGGCAAGGAGAAGAUCUCUUGGACGUUUCAGUAUGCCGUGAUGGACGACGGCAGGGUACGGCAGUUUUAUGUGAACAAG